ACCAAGUGAGAUGUUGUUAGGCCCAAAAAAACUGAAAAACAUGUUUAUCUCGGCUUCUGCUUGUUAUCCCAGUAAAUAUCCUUAUCUUAGCUUUCACUGUUGUUUCCCAUGCAUGAAGCUACACGUAUACAGGAUGUAUAGAAGAUAUAUGGCAAAGGGGAGUGGGUUGGACGGACCCUGGGAAAGGAAUGUGAAGGACGGGAAGCUAAACAGAUGUAUCCUGAUUACUACUAGGACUGAAUUUAAACAAUGCAUAGGUUAGCAGAAUUUAGACACGCUAAGUUGUUUGUCUCUCUGUAUAAAAAGGGCCCAGUUGUGCUUGUAAGGUGUGUCUCUUUCUCAGGCACUAGCCGAGUAGAGCACCCUCUCAGCUGACUGACUAAUAAAGGGUCUGGUAUUUGUCCUCUUGUCUCUCCGUGCCUCCUUGGGGUAAUUGGGCAGCUCCAGGGGGGAAACGAGCCCAUUUGGCUAACAAAAUGGCGACCACGAAGGGACUUCUCUCCCUGUAGAGGGCACUGACCGACGGCCGAGGGCGAUUCCGAGGAGUGGCCACCUCGAGCUGUCGUUUUGCUCGGGCCUCGGAUUGUCACUAUCGGCCGGGGCGGCUGCGUCCUCUCUGAAGAGAACUCCGAAGGGGGGGAAGUCUGACUGCCGGACGCGGCCACUUCGGGCGGUAAGUGCGUUUACCUCCUGGGUUUGAGGAAUAACGCCCCCGAGGUGUGGGUUGGACAGUGGAAAUCCCCUAGGCAGCCUGUAUACAGGAAGCUUCAUCGAUACGCGGCGCCAUUCCAGGCCCUCCCCUUGGACCAGACCGUGCAUCCGUUCCGGAUCGGUGACCAGGUCCUUGUCAAGAAGUGGAAACACGACCCCCUGACGCCAAGGUGGGACGGUCCAUACACCGUUUCGCUCAUCAGCCAGGCCGCAGUUAAAAUACUCGGGAGCGACAAAUGGAGACAUCUCACCCGGGUAAAGCGGUUUCUGAAUUCGGUCUAGGGAACCAAUUCCACGGAAGAGGACCCCAGCCCUCUGCCCGCCCCGGCACCGGAAGCCCGGGGUGGCACGGGCGCAGACACCGUCUGGGAGUAUCAAGGACUCGAUGGACUAAAAGGACUGUUUAGAAAAAAGCAAUCAUGAACUCAUUAUUAACAUUUCUGUUCAUAUGUGUCUAUCAUGGCUAUGGUUGGGAAAAUAGGUUUGUACAACUAGGAGAAACAAUAGCGGGUUCCUUCAAUAUUAGUAGCUGUUGGGUUUGUGGAGGUCCAGGGGAUUGGAAUGAGUGGCCUUGGGUAGCCCAGCCAGUGCAAGCUAAAUGGUGGAUCAGUAAUUUAAGUAUAGUCCACAAAGGAACAGAAGUUUGGACUGAGGAUAGUAGCCCUUGGCGACUCUAUUCCUCUGGAAUAGGGAUCUUUUGCCUCAACCAAACAAAACAAGAAGGGGUGUAUGUGGGCAAAAGCCAAUGUGACUGGACUCUAUCUCUAGGAUUUGACUGCUAUGAUCACCCUAGUUGCCAUACGUAUGACUGUUCUAAAUAUCAAGGACGAUGGAACCAUACCCACGUGAAACUCACUAAUCAUAGCUGGGUAAGAUGUUCCUUCCAACAUCAUAUCGGCGAAGGCUGUAAAGCAGUUGGACAAGAUGGGUACUUUGAUGCCCUCUUUCUAAGUUGCCAGCGAGAUAAUACCGCCAGUAAGGACCACGUGGUACGCUGGUAUCAGUGGGCAUGGCAACAUUCUAAUGGAACUCGGGUAACCCAUUUUAAUCAUUUUUGGUCUACUACCAAUAGCCCUAAAUUUGGUUGUAAUUGUGUUUGGAAGGAAGGGGCUGGGGCAUGGAAAUGUGAAUACUGCAAUCCUGACAGUACAUCUAUUGUACUAGGGGGGCCCUUGGAAAUGGGUAACCCUUUGUAUUAUGAAGAACCGGGCCCCGAGGAUUACCCCGAGACCUGGGAUGGCCCCUUUGCGAACGGACAAUGGGCCCUAAAAGGCCAUUACUGGAUAUGCGGGCAAUACGCUUAUCGAAGAUUGCCCCCAAAUUGGUCAGGAAUAUGUUAUGUUGGGUACAUUAGGCCCUUGUUCUUUCUAUUACCCCAAAUUCAGGGAAAUAAAUUAGGAAUUAAGGUAUAUGACGACUUGAUUAGGGAGAGGCGGUCUGUUGAUUCCGCAUUGACCGCUGGAAGCUCCCAAACAUGGGGAGCUCGAGAGUGGCCCCCUGAGAAAAUUAUAAAACAUUAUGGUCCAGCUACAUGGAAUCCUAAUGAGUGGAUCUCAGGGGCAAGGGAGCCCAUUUACAACUUGAAUCGGAUAAUUAGGCUGCAAGCCAUUUUAGAAAUAAUAACUAAUCAGACGGCUGCAGCUCUAGAUCUUUUGGCCGAUCAGUCCACUCAGAUGAGAAAUGCGCUCUACCAGCACCAUCUAGUUCUUGAUUAUUUGCUGGCAGAAGAAGGAGGAAUCUGUGCAAAAUUAAACGAAUCUAAUUGCUGUUUACAAAUAGAUGAUAAUGGAAAGGCGGUAAAACAGCUAACGAAAGAAAUGAGGAAGUUAGCCCAUGUCCCGGUCCAAACAUGGGGUGGGUGGAAUAUGGACUGGUUCACAUCCUGGUUACCGCAACUAGGAUGGCUCCGAGAAGGUCUUCUUCUCUUUGUACUCUUUAUUACAACCUUAUUAACCCUAGCUUGCUUUGCUCCCUGUGUAGUUGCAUUAGUCCGACGAAUGGCUAAUCAAACCAUACACCAACAAAUGAUGGCCCAAUACCAGCCGGUGAAGGCUGAGGAUUGGGGGCCAUAAGGCUCUCAAAAUGCUUUUUAGGGGGGAAUCUUGUUAGGCCCAAAAACC